CGCCCAAAGGUAGCUCAGAAAUGAAGUCAUGGGCGUUGAUUGGGCAGGCCGAAUGUUUCGGCUAUGCUACUGGCUAGCUAGCUAGCUAGUUAGUUUACAAGGGGAAGCAGCCUUCGUGGAUUUGCAUUUUAUUUGCACUUCAAUGGAGGUCCGGCCCGAUGGAUGGGUAUCUGAGGGAUGUUUGAAGCAUGUAGACGAGAGUCGCCCCGGUCCACCGAACGCAUGGGUAGAAAAUGAUCAACAGCACCAGUACGAGGAAGCGCAGACGGAGAAAACGGGUAAUGGAAAAAUAAAUGGAACCCCAGUGGAGAGAGAGGGCACCCCUUCUACCCCUGUUCCUGUGGAUGCCCUUCAUUACUCGAGCAGCAGACAACCUGAAACUUCUAACUUGAAACCAAAACCUUCUGGGAAGUGCCUCGCCUCUCACACAAAAGGCAGUAGCAAUAGCCAUUUUAAGAACAUUAUGAACUGCAAAAAUGACACGCCUUCAGAGUUGAAAACACAUUAUGGCAAGAGCGAGUCCAUUGCUUUACCAAAUGGCGUUGUGCUCCUCAACCCUGGCCUGUACGUUAACGGCUGCCCCAGCAAGCCUGGACCAGACAGUGGUGGCAGUGGUUCUGAGAGUGGAUACAUCACUCCCAAGAAACGCUGGGCUCAGCGGAGUGCAAUGGCUGAGGAGAGUGUGACUGCUGGGCAGGAGAAGGCUGUGCUGCAGGCAGCUAUGGUCCCUAACAAACAUGAGACGGAGCCUCUCACUCCAGAGGCUGCCGAUACAGCAGCAGGCUCUCAGUCUCCCACCUCCAUCACAGGUGUCCCACCUGUGGCACAAGCCCCUGUGGUUCAGGUUGGUGAACUACAGUGUAAGAACUCUGACGGCAAGGCUGCUGCAGGCUCUGUUAAAAAGCUGGAAGACCGACUGAGCAAAGCCAAGCUUACCUCCACAAAAGAGGACUCAUGGACCCUCUUUAAACCACCCCCUGUCUUUCCUGUGGACAAUAGUAGUGCCAAGACAGUGCCCAAGGUCAGUUAUGCAAGUAAAGUGAAAGAGAAUCUAAACAAAGCUGCAGGUGACACCUCACCUACCCAGUCCCAGGUGCCCAUGUCUGCUGUCAAAACCAUCACCUCCCCUAGCUUCACCAAUUAUCCCCUAUCUGGAGAGGGGAAUAGCUGCCCCCUCCCUGUGCCUCUUUUUACCACUACUGUUUGCAUUACCCCAAUGCCUGUCUCCCCUCCCCGCAAGUGGGAGAACGAAGCAUCCGUGUCCAGCAACGGCACAGAUAUGUCAGGCGCCCCCUCCAUGACUACCAGAGAACUGAGAAAGCUCAGUCUCCUUGUUUACCCCCUGGCCACUUCAAAUAUGCAACCCGCCCUCCCCAGCGCCCGCCAAGUAGACUCACCUACUGCUAAGACAAAUCCCAAAGCUCUGGUGGACAUUUUCCAGAACCAGUGGGGGCUGUCGUUCAUCAACGAGCCCAGUGCAGGGCCUGGGGUGGGGCCGGCAGUAGUGGGGCAGCCAGCCCGGAAAGGCCAGAUCGUGGAGAUCACCUUUCAGGGAGGCAGCCCUGCAGCUUUGCCUCUGCAAGUCUCUGCCACCUCCACUCUGAGACCUGACAAGCCCCUCUUCCCUAAGGCUUACGAGCAGGACAAACAAACUAUCUCCCAAGCCCCUAGCAGUGUUGGGAAAUCAGGCCCUCACUUGUCUCCUGGCCCUGAUGCUGGGCUGGGAGGCCAAGCCCCUGGCCCAGACACUCUGAGGGGCGAGGCUGGGAGUAGAGGUGCCAUAGUGUCCUCCUUUUCUAAGGACCCUGGUGCUGAGCUGCCUCUUGCCUCUCCUGCUUCUCCUGCUCAUCCUGUGUCUGCUCUGGCCAAGGAGCCCAGCCACCCCAAGGGUUGCGACCCAGGAUCUUGCUGGGGGGCGUUCGAUCUAAAAGCUGCUGUUAUUUAUCACACUAAAGAGAUUGAAUAUAUUCAGAAUUUACAAAAACAAGAUUCAAAAGGAGUAGUGUUCUAUGACCAGUCCAAGGAUGGGCCUGUUCAGUCAAGUCAUGACUAAGCGCUAUGCCCUCUCCUGGCUGCUGCCUCAUGAAACGGUUCCCUAAAGGACACUUAGAACGGCUCCCUCUCCUUUCUGAGACUAAUGUGCAGGACUCCUUUGAUGUGAGCAGCUUGUGCCGUAGAGGGGACACAGUACAGCAGCACCACAGAGACCACACUCAGCCUUUUACAGGGAUGUUGACAUUUGGGAGAUUACAGGAUGGUUGAACAGUGCGGAACACAACUUUGUGACAGGAAACGUGUCAGCAAGAGUGACUCCUACAUUUCUCCCUCAAUUCCAAUGUUCAGAGACAGGCUUGUUGAAGACAUCAAGUGAUGUGGGAUGCUCAGUCAUUCAAUCACCACCUCGGCAUUUCCGCCCCAUCUUUGGAAUCACAGGAUACUGGAGAGAGAUGGCCUGAGAUGGCCUGUCUCUCAGCCUGUCAUGGAAGAUGAAACAUUUUGAUUUCUUUAGGAAUUCAAAAUGUUCACAUUUGAACUGUAAGGUAUCACAGAUGCAUAAUUUUUAAUUCAGACCGAAACAAAUGGGAAAGGCUUGAAUGUUUUAGAAUGGUUGCCUUCUAGAUGUGUAAACAGUGUGUUGCAAGAUGAAAACAAGCUGGGUUUUCUGCUCGUAUUCUAGGUUAGAUGCAAGCAAAUAUCAUGGGGGAGGCUUUUGUAAGCCCCUGCAAAACAGUCUUUGGAGGGAUUAUGGAGUAGUUGGUUCACAUGUUAUUUUUCCCUGUUAACUGAAUUACACUAAUUAGAAAUCCCAGGUCAUUGGGUGGACAGAUGGAAGGUUCAAAUCAUGAGAAUAUGCAUCCCUCUCCCAUCGAGGCCUAGGUCUGUUUUCAAUUUCAAAGUACUGCCUCAAAGUUCUGUUUCAAUUCUUUGGGCUCUGUUAAUUCCUGACAGUUUUUUUGGGAUGUUUUUCUCAGGGUGUGGUGGUGGUUACCAACACUGCGCACAUUAUGUUAAUCAUCCAGGCUAUGCUUAACAUGCUACAUCUACAUUUGAGUCAUUUAGCAGACGCUCUUAUCCAGAGCGACUUACAGUUAGAGAGUGCAUCCAUUUUCAUACUACUACCAUCUCAAUGCUCCAAUGAAUGCCCCAUAUUUUCCUACAUUAAAAAAAAAGAUUUAGUUUUUGAAGUUCUGGGCAGUGUUUUUCUCAUUGAGUUUUGCACAGGUUCAGCACUUAGGCAGUGGCCACUGUUUUGUGCUGUAGGAAUGCGUUAGAGACUCAUGCAGGGUAGUAUUUUAAACAGAAAUAUGCAAAUGUUCAUGUGUUACAAAUCUCCUAUUGACAUCAAUGCAGGAUUUAGUGUAAAUUUAGGACCAAUGUCUCAAGUCUGUGUUUCACCUCCAGAGGAGAAUUGUUUGUAGUUUUUUAUGUUAAAUUCAUAGGGACAGGAUUUCUUGGCCUCUGAUCAGGUUAGAAUGCUCCUUUCUGAGACUGUUAGGUAAGGAUUUGUCUUUCGUGAGUCCCCAUACGUGAAUUUAAUCAGCCUACAUUAUGAUAACUGAUCAGCACUUUAAAUGUAGACUAUCUAUAUAAUUCAAGUCAAAUUUAGUAAUUCAUUAAAUGAAAUGUCUAUUUAUCCCAGCUAACUCUUUGGCUCCUAACAAUUACAGCACCUUUUUAAGUAGGACAGUCUGUUUAUGAUCGAAUAUAGUUAUUGGCAGAAAGUUGUUUGGCCAUAUUAAUGAUCAACAUUGCCAAACUAAGCCAGGAGACAUCUUUGAACAUUCUGUUUGUCUAUGCUAGGGUAUUAAUGUUGUUUAGCUUUUAUUUACUUACUCUUAACCAAAUGUCAAAUGAAUUUCACCUCCUCUGGGGAUUGUCAGGCUGUGAUCAGUUUUUGCAAAUUAUAACUAACUUUUUUGGGGGUUGGUUUCUCAGACUUUUUAGGUAGUCAGUGUUUUAAUUGUCAGGGUUAAUGUGAAAAUAUUAAAGUCUGUAUUUGACUGAUAAUGGCUAAUUUAUGGCAUCUUAAUUCCUUUAGUUUGUGUCCCUCUAAAUUGCAAUUAAAAUAUUGGAAAACAAUCUAAUAGCUCUGACAUUUGCAUUUGAUACUAAAAUGAUACUACAGUGUAUUUAGAAGGCAUCAGUGACCGGUGUAGUAGAAUGUGCUGGAAAACCCUGUUCAAGGACUGCUGUCUUCUGUUGUGACAGGCAAAUAGCCUGUGUGUGUGUGUACGCAUGCAUGAUGUGUAUCUUCACAAACAUGGUCAAGGGUCAACCCUCCCCUCCACAAGUUGUGCCAUGUCUCGACUGUUCAUGCUGUAAUGUAUUAAGUUACGUUAAGUGUUGCUCACUUUUCUUUUCCUGCUGUAGUUAUGGUAAGGAUUUUAACAAAAGUUGUCACAGUUUAUAAAUCUAUUAAAAAUUACAGAUGAUAAUUA